GUGAAAUCAACGACUCUUUUCCGCGGCAAGGUUGGGCAGCAUAGCAUUUUUGUUAGGGUAUGGCCGAAUCAUUGCCCAUCAACCAAACAUCCAAAUCUUUUCUACGUAUAAAUCAAACGAAGACUCCUUCAAUCUCCCACAACGCACAUCCCAAUGUCUGCUUCUCAUAUCCUCGUUUCCCUUCUUAUCAUCUCCGGCGUUCUUCUUGCGGAGUCGAAAACACACCCGGUGGCUCCAGGCCCCGCCGCCGGUCCGCUCAACCUCACCGCCGUCCUGGCAAAGAGCGGCCAAUACACAACACUCCUGCGUCUGCUCAAGGAAACCCAGGUCGGCGUGCAGAUUCAGAGCCAGCUGAACAAUUCGUACAAUGGGCUCACACUGUUUGCUCCUACGGACGAUGCCUUCUCUUCUCUUAAAGCUGGUACUCUCAAUGGCCUGGACAACCAGGAGCAGGUUUCUUUGGUGCUCUACCACGUUCUCCCACGGUUUUAUAGCCCAUCUAUGUUGGUGUCAUCUAGCGAUCUAGUGAACACCCAGGCCUCCGGAAGCGAUGGUGUCUACACAUUAAACGUUACCGGAACAAGUAAUCAGGUGAACGUUUCAACUGGAGUGGACCAAGCCGUGAUCAGCAGUAGUCUCUACUCAGAAUUCCCUUUAGCCAUUUACUCUAUAGAUAAAGUCUUGCUUCCAUAUCAGCUCUUCGGGCCGAAGCCGCCCGAAGCGGCGCCAACACCGGCACCAGACGUAGCGCCGAAGAAGGGCCCCCCGCAGCACCGGCAGCCGACAUUGAUAUAA